UAUGAGCGCACGCGGCGCGGGGCUCGGGCCUCUUGUUUUCCCGCCGCUGUCGGUGUGCGUAGGUGCGCAUGCGCAGAAGCUCCCGGACACAGCACGCGUAGACACACGGUUUGAGUGACCCAUCAUGGCUGACCUGGACAAUAAGGAGCAGGCUGAGCUGGAGCAGGCCGACAUGGAGGAUGUGGAGGAAGUAGAGGAGGAGGAGACUGGAGAGGACAGCAAAGCUCGACAGCUGACAGUACAGAUGAUGCAGAACCCUCAGGUCCUGGCGGCUUUACAGGAGAGACUAGACGGCCUUGUGGGUUCUCCGUCAGGAUACAUGGAGAGUCUGCCGCGGGUGGUGAAGCGGAGAGUGAACGCGUUGAAGAACCUGCAGGUGAAAUGCGCUCACAUCGAGGCCAAGUUCUAUGAGGAAGUGCACGAGCUGGAGAGGAAGUACGCUGCUCUCUACCAGCCUCUGUACGACAAGCGCAGUGACAUCAUCAAGGCUGCGUAUGAACCCACGGAGGAGGAGUGUGAGUGGAAACAGGCUGAGGAUGAAGAGCUGUCUAGUGAUCUGAAGGACAAGGUGAAGGUAGAAGAGGAGAAGAAGGAUGAGGAGAAGGAGGACCCCAAAGGAAUCCCUGAGUUCUGGCUCACUGUGUUUAAGAAUGUCGACCUGCUCAGUGAGAUGCUGCAGGAGCAUGAUGAACCCAUCCUCAAACACCUACAGGACAUCAAGGUCAAGUUCUCAGACGCAGGACAGCCCAUGAGUUUUACAUUAGAGUUCCACUUCGAGCAGAACGACUUCUUCUCCAACACGGUUCUCACAAAGACCUACAAGAUGAGAUCUGAACCGGACGAGUCCGACCCCUUCUCCUUCGACGGCCCUGAGAUCAUGGGCUGCACUGGGUGCACGAUUGACUGGACCAAAGGGAAGAAUGUUACUCUGAAGACCAUAAAGAAGAAGCAGAAGCAUAAGGGCAGAGGGACGGUGAGGACUGUCACCAAGACUGUCCCUAAUGACUCCUUCUUCAACUUCUUCUCUCCUCCUGAAGUACCAGAGAGUGGAGAACUGGACGAGGACUCGGAGGCCAUCUUGGCGGCGGACUUUGAGAUCGGUCACUUUAUCCGUGAGCACAUCGUCCCCCGCGCCGUCCUGUACUUCACCGGGGAGGCCAUAGAGGACGACGACGAUGAUUAUGAUGAGGAGGGAGAGGAGGCUGAUGAUGAGGAGGGAGAGGAGGAGGCAGAUGAGGAGAACGAUCCAGACUACGACCCGAAGAAGGAUGCGAACCCCCCUGCGGAGUGUAAACAGCAGUGAUGGUCUCACACACUUACACACACACACACUGCACUGUGACGGUGUAAAUCCCUUCCUCUGGUCCUGCAGCCUUAUGUUUUGUAUUUCUCUAUUGUUAGUUUAAUUGAUUAUACACACACACACUUUCUCGUGUACAACAGCUGUGGCUCGCUCUCCCCCUCACCCCCCAAAAAAAAAAACCACACACAGGAACAUUCCAGAAACCCUCACCCGCUGGGGCUUCCUGCUGUCUGAUUGGCUGGAUAUUAACUCACCUCCUGGUCCCUGUGUGGGAGGAGCCAUAGGACUCCGCCUUUUAACUUUUUUUUUUUUUUUUAAUCUCAGCACUUCGGGACAGUUGUAGGGUGAGAAGUUGUUCUGCUCUGUUGUUCUGUUCUAGCUCCUGAUUGACAGGUGUGAGGUAGUCUCCGCCCACACGGUCACCUUAUUGCCCCGAGUAGCAGUCCAGUCUGUUCUGUGUUCUGAGAUGUGAUAGGCCCCGCCCCCAGCUCCACCUAGCUUCUCCUGUAGUAGCACUUUAAUAGUCAGGUGAGAAAGCAAAGCUCUGCCCUGAUUGGCCCAGCGUCACUUCCUGUUUCUGCUUCGCCUGCGGUGAUGUCAUCACUGAACUGUUCUGAUUGGCUGGAGCCUCUGAUACACUUCUUUUAUUGUAGCACUUCAGCGUCUGAGGUUAUAGUGUGUGUUAGAUCUUCAUGCUCACACACACACACCCCCAUCUGGACCAGUGACGAGACCAGUUCAACAUGCUCAACCCGUGUGUGUGUGUGUAUGAGAGACAGUAGUAGACUGUGUUAUUGGGUGUGCAGCAGUGUGUCUGGUUUGUGUUUCUCCUGUGUGUGUGUGGGAGAGAGAGCUACAGCUGCUGUUGAGACAGUCCUCAAUGUUACAAUGUACUAAUGUACCCAGAUGUGUACUCAUCAAUAAACCGGUUCUACGUGCA